AUGAAUGGAAGGGGUUGCAAAAAGAAGCCUGAUAGUCUGAUGGUGUUAAAUGAUGCAAAGACUUGUGUGAUAUUUCUAUUGGAUGCAUUAUUCUUACCACAGCAGCUCAGGAAAAAUGUAGCCCCGGAUUCUUUGGAAAAAACUGUCGAGCAAAAUGUUCUUAUCCAUAUUUUGGGGAAGACUGUCAAAAACGAUGUGAUUGUGACGAAAGCCUGUGUGACGUUUCCACCGGAUGUCUUGUUGUCACAACAGUGCAUGCAUCCUGUAGCCCAGGAUACUUUGGUACAAACUGUAGGGGAAAAUGUUCCUAUCCUUAUUACGGUGCGGAAUGUCAAGGUCAAUGUGACUGUAAUAAGGACUUAUGUGACGUAUCUACCGGAUGUAUCGCUAUUACAACAGUUCAAGCAGGAUGCAUCCCCGGGUACGUUGGUGAAAACUGUCGAGGAAAAUGUACCUAUCCCUAUUACGGUAUGGAUUGUCAAAAUCAGUGCGACUGUGAUGAGAACAGAUGUGAUUUCUCAACCGGAUGUACAAAUUUUACAAAAGGUAUUGCAUCACCUUGUACACUAA